AUGUCUCAGUUGAAUGAUCAGUUGGUCAUGCUACCUGAUUUGGAGGAUCUCUCUCCUGAAUGUGAUAUCGAGGCUGCUGACGUUGGAGAACCUGGCGAGAGCACGGAGGUUCAAGAGAAGCAGCUGAAGGCCGUCCUGAAAAGACGCCAGAAGAUCUUCUUUAGUGAUGGAAAUGCUGCCCCGCCUCCGGCGAUGGGCGUCAUCUGCGAUUUAGACGUGGGGAGCGCCAAGCCAGUAGCACAACGACCCCGAUCGGUCGGUCCGCAUUUGGCAAUCAAGGUAUACAAGUUACUGAAGAAGCUUCUGGAAGCUACACUGGUUGAAGACUCUGAAUCGCCAUGGGCAUCCCCAAUUGGGAUCGUACUCAAGAAGAAUGGAGUGGAUAUUCGAAUGUGCAUCGACUAUCGAGUCGUGAACAGCUUCAUUCAGUUGUCGAAUUACCCACUGCCACUGAUCGACGAUCUCAUCACUGGUUUCGAAGGAAUAAUGUGGUUCACAAGUCUUGAUAUGGCGAGUGGUUUCUGGGCAGUCCGAAUGACCGAGAAGGUCAAGCUGAUCUCAGCAUUUACCUGUCCAUCCGGGCACUUCCAAUGGGUACGUGUGGCAUAG